ACUGGGCUCCCGGGCGCUGCGAGGCAGCCGCGCACAUGGGCUGAGCCGGCGCGGCCGGCGGGAGCGGGAGGGGUAGAGGAGAGCUCAGUGCAGGGGUGCGGGGCGCACGUUCCCCCAGCCGGGAGCAGAGGACAAGGACAGAGAGGGAGGGAUAGAGCUCAGCUUAGCCCAGAUCAGGGGACUCAGCGCUGCCGGUGCCUGGCUCCGGUGCGCGCGCCUUGGGCAGCGGCCUUCCCUCUGCCCCCCAAAACCCCGCCCGCCCGCCGGUGGGGAUCAGAGAGGGAGGAUGCUGGAGUGGGGACCCGGCUGCCGGCUGGGAGCCUGAGUACCCAGGCGGAGAUCUCCGAUCGAUCUGCACUGCCCCCUCCCUGCGGGCUUCGGAGGAGGUGCCUGGGCAGUCCGGCUGCUGUGGGGCUCCGGCCCCAAGAGAGGGAAAAGAUGCCGUUCCACCAUGUAACCGCUGGCUUGUUGUACAAGGGAAAUUACCUCAACCGAUCACUGUCUGCAGGCAGCGACAGCGAACAGCUGGCUAAUAUCUCCGUGGAGGAGCUGGAUGAAAUCCGAGAGGCCUUCCGUGUUCUGGACAGAGAUGGGAAUGGCUUCAUCUCCAAGCAGGAGCUGGGCAUGGCCAUGCGCUCUUUGGGAUACAUGCCAAGUGAGGUAGAGCUGGCCAUCAUUAUGCAACGUCUGGACAUGGAUGGGGAUGGCCAGGUGGAUUUUGAUGAAUUCAUGACAAUUCUUGGACCCAAGCUGGUGUCUUCAGAAGGUCGUGAUGGUUUUCUCGGAAGCACAAUAGAUAGCAUAUUCUGGCAGUUUGACAUGCAGAGGAUAACCCUGGAGGAACUGAAGCACAUCCUGUACCAUGCCUUCCGAGAUCACCUGACCAUGAAGGACAUUGAGAACAUCAUCAUCAAUGAGGAGGAGAGUCUGAACGAGACCUCGGGGAACUGCCAAACGGAGUUUGAAGGAGUGCAUUCCCAGAAGCAGAACCGACAGACCUGCGUGAGGAAGAGCCUCAUAUGCGCCUUCGCCAUGGCCUUCAUCAUCAGUGUCAUGCUGAUCGCAGCCAAUCAGAUCCUGCGGAGUGGCAUGGAGUAGCAGCCUCCGCCAGCCACGCUGCGUCACCAGCUCACCACGCAUGUGCACGCCCCGCGGCCGGACUCUGUUCCUCCACACAGGAGACCUGGACCUAUGGAUGCACGGAGACGAUGGAACCGUUUGGUCAAGAACCCAAGUUUGCAGGGCAACCGGGCUUGCAGAUCAACUUAACUCUCCUUGGCAGGGACACAAAAGGGCUGUCUUCCACGCUUUAAUGGUUUUCUUCCCCAAUGCAAUAAAUAGCCAGGGGUUCUCAGUUAUUGCUUCAACCGCCAGUAGUAACUCUGAAGAAAAAAGCAAACAAACAAACCUGCAUUUUUUUUUUUCAUCUUGGAAUUCCAGAGGCCACCCAGGUAUAAGGGUGGCACUGGAGAGAAAAGAGAGACUUGAGCAAUAGUCACCCUCAUCCAUGCCUCCAAUUCUUUUGACCCAGGAGGGGAGGGGGUCCACAGAAGACUCUCUGCUGAGGUCAACCCUUAGAUUCAAGAGGUUGGCCUCGGGGAUGUUUCAGAAAAGGAGUCCCUCCAUCUCACCCUGGCUUCCUUCCUUCACCCAAUGGAGACCCUCCCCCAAGGCACGAGGGGAAAGCCAUUAUAAGCGGGGUGCAGCCCCUUGAAGUCAACCUCUGCACCUGCGUCGCUUCCGUUCUUAAUUGCCUUUUCUGUAGGACUCCUGUUGGUAGAGUUGGGGUGCUCUCGGUUGGUUCCUGUGGCAGUUGGCUUUCUGUUUCUAAAGCCCCAUCCUGCACCAGCAUUUUGGAAUCUGCAGAGAGAGCCUGGCUCCAAGCUUUCUUGCCUAUGCCACCAUUAGAGGAAAAAGAGAGAGAGAGAGAAAGAACCAUCAUUGUAGGCAUCUCUAUAACCCAGGCACAUAGUCCUAUAGACUUGAAGCCUUCCUUCCCUAAUUGCUUACUCUGGACAUGAACUUGUCUUCCAUCCCACACUCAAAGGAGCAGGGAGUUGAGGUAAUUGGGUUCAGGGGAGGGACUGAGCCUAGUGGUGAGGAGACAUUGUCAUCCAACAUGACAAAGGAUGUCUGGAGUAAGCUUCCCUCCAGGUCACCAUAGUAAAACAACAUCUGCAAGUUAAGAUUCAUGUGCACCUAACCCUCCCCUUCAUCUUGGAGUUCACGUGGUCAGUCUUCCCCAGUUCAAAGAGAAUUUGAAUCUGAAGCAGAAAGAUGGAAAGAUCAAACUGCUAUGUUUUGUUUAAUAUCUUCGUGGCAUUCAGAUUCUGCCAGUGACUCAUAAAAAAACACAACUAAUGAUCUUAGCCAAUGUAACAGAUAAUUCACCCCUGCCUGCAGAACACUUCUGCUGGGGAAGAGAAAUGAAUGCAAUGAUCUGUUUUCAGUACCAACAUUUUCAUUUCUUGAGUUUCCCUAUUUAUUUUUCUUAUUAGCCACCUUUGUUAAUUCAAGCUUGCACUGUCACAAUUAGCCAAUUACCUCUAGCUGUGUGCUAACUCCCUUUGUAUGUGUCUGAGCCCUGCUCUGGAAUCAUCUUGCUCCCAUUUCUUCAUUCUAAAGUUCCAUGCAUCUCGCCCUCCCUCUGCCCCCUUUCCUCCCACAGCUCCGAGGCACCCGGAUCUGUCCUUCCUCAGCACAGCUAAGUGGGGUUCUGCUUUUUGGUAUGCUGUGUGUUCCUGAGCCCUUCCUCUAGCCUACACCCUCUCCACUUUCUCCUUACUGCCUUCUUACACGUGGAGCACACGAGCUCUCCACGUAGGGUCUUCCUCCAAGUCACCUCUGCAAGCACUCCCUGCAAUAGCGUCGGGCAGCUGUGGAAACGUUCCCACUGUAGGAGAGUGUGAAUAUUUAUGGAAGAGCACAAGUCCAACAAGGUUUGAGCCAUAGUAUACAGAAGAAGAAAAAAGCAGUCAGAGCUCCCAAGAGCCCAAGGGGUGGAGUGUCACUCCAUCCAAGUGCCUGGAUCCUGGACCAUCCAGGCAGCAGCCUGCCUUUCCCCGCCUCCUUCCCUGCCCUGCCACCUUGACCUCUGUGUAUCUUGUCCUUGGUGUUUCUUUCCUGGGCUGAGUCAUGAUAGUCCCCUUAGGAUCAGAAUCCCAAGUAGGACAGACACGGAUGCUGAAUAUGGAUAUAUCAGGUGACUUUCCUCUGAGUUUCUUGUCAGGGUGACUGUCUUCUCCCAGCUGUUAUUGUGUGUGAGAGGACUCGGCACAGCUUGAGGAGACAUACUUCCCCAUCUCUUGCUGAUCCUUGAACUCCAAACCAUAUUCUACCAUGGGGGACAGGGAGCCAGACCUUGGUAGACUGGCCAGAAGCUGAGGGAUGAGCCUUCAGGGACCUCUCCCCUGAGAGAACGGGUGCAGCUGAGAGCCGGAGCUCAGGGAAGAACAUAAAGACGUCUUCAGAGGCCACUUUUCUGCAAGACUUUCAGCCUCCCACUGAAGAAGGCUGACCCCCGGCAGAUCCAAGGAUUAGAUUCCUUCAGCACUGAGAUGAAUCUCCAUGCAGGGGAGGCUUUAAAAAAAAUCCUUUGCUUUAAAAAUAAUAAUAAUAAUAAAAAGAUCCCUUCCUCUCUCCCAGUGACUUGGAAGGCAACCAAGAGAAAGCUAUCUCAUGGAUGUGUCCAGAGAGAGUGAGCAGAAAGGAAGCCACACAAUCCCCCUUAAUGGCCCAGAAGUUAACCUCCUACCACGUCAUCCCAUAUGUGGCAUCCAGGGACUUGCAGGCGGCCUGAGUGAGAGGCCUCCCUUCGGACUUUGCAGGCUGAGGGUUUGUCCCAGUGAUUUACAUCCUAGCUAUUUGCUUGGAUAAUGUGUCUCAGCUAUGGCUAGGGUGUUGGAUGUUCUCUGUCAGGCAGUCCUCAUCCUAGUCCCCCUCACCUAUCAGUUUAGGGCUCCCCCAGGAGAGGGCCUCGUCAAUCCCAGGGAGGGCCACGUGGCUGCACCUGGAGGUAACCUGGCUGGGAGAGGAAGGGACUCGCCUUCACCACUUGGUGACGCGAGAUGGGCCAUGGUGAACAGCUGUGGAAUGGCUGAAUGACUGACAAGCCGGCUUGGCUCGUUCAAGCUGCAAGAGCCAACUCCCCAUCCCUGCCCCUAUAGGUGAUGCUCAGGACAGCUCUGUGCUUGAGAAACAGAAGCCGAUUCUGGUCCUGAUUCCCCCACCCCACAAAAAACCCCACCUCCUACUGCCCCAGAUGUAAACCAAGCCCCCAACCAGGACCCCACGCUAGAACUAUUAGUGCUGGCUUCCAGAAUGUGUGCGGGUCCCACGUGACCCAUCUGUCAGGUUUUUUUUUUUUUUUUUUUUAAGGUAGGGGGAUGUUACCAUGGGUACCAUUGCAUUCCACCCUGAGAUUUUUGCCAAGUCACACAGAAAUAGAGAACAUUUUCUUAAAAGAACACUCCAGGUUCUGCUUGCUGGCAACCUGCCACCCAGAUUCCAUACCCUACUGGGAGAGCAAGUUAACCUCCCUAGAUUCUGCCUGGUUUCUCAAGCUUUUCCUCUUGUGUUUGAACUUGUCCUUCCAUUGACUCAGGAGUAAAGGAGCUACCCAUAAGCCCUAGGGGUGUAGCCUCCCCACCUAUCCCCUCUAGCUAACCUCCCAGAAAAAGAACCCCUACAUCUAGACAAAAAGGCAAUAUACAGUAUUUGGAAGGGGUGGGGGAGGCACAUAUUUUAGGCCAGCAAUCAUUAAAAAGCAUGUAUUUGCCCAUUGGGAUACUCUACUGCAAGCCAGAAACGUGAGCUGAAGUGAACUGUAGUAUUUUAUGCAAUCUUAGAUAAGUCCGCUGCUUCCAGAAGUUUAUGGUUCACAUUUGCAGCAACCAAGGUAUGUUCUAGGUAUCUUCUUUCUCCGUACCAGCUCCCAUCUCAAAUUUCAAACGACGAAUGGUCUACUAUUUUGUGGUUACCCAAAAGAACAAAAUGACAAAAAGAAAGGCAGCUUAUUUUGACAAGAAUCUUCCUCCCAGCCUCCCAUCCGCUGGAUCAUAAAGUAUCCAAGAACUGGGAGAGAAAGUUAGCUUUUUUCCCCCCAAGUUCCUCCUAUUGGAUGGAAAUCCAGACACGGGUCAUAAAUCAAAGAGGAUUUUGCACAAUUGCUUUUAAGCUGGAAGCCAGCCGUCUCUCUGGGACUCCAUGAAGGCACAGCCAGAAGAUGAAGGAAUGACCAUUGGGGACAUUUUUCUGGGUGGAGCUGGCCUAGCCACAUGUGGCUGCAUGUCACGUGGGACACUUUCCCCUGGACUCUUGAUGGCUACCUUUGUGAAAACUGCAAAUUCCUGCUACUCUGGAGACCUCAAAGUGUACCGGGUCAUUUUACUGCAAGGUGUCCCCCAAGGCUCACAGUCAUUAUCACCAUGCUGGUCCCUGGGAUGCAGAAAGAGAGAGAGAGGUGAACCCUUGUGCUAGUGGGGCCCUGAUUUUUCUAUAAUACAGAUGAACUGAGAUGAGAUGUUUAGACGUUGACAUAUACCGGUUCCGUAGCCAGGAGGACAACAGACCUGCGCUUCUUGUAGAACUUGUGUCCCAAACAACCUCCAAUCUGAACAUUUUUAUUGGCCUCUUCGGUGGAACCUCAUAGGGCUGAGAGUCCCUAAACUCACAGGCCCUGCUAAAAGCCAUCCUCCCUCAUCACUGACUCCUUGACACCCCCCCCCCCCCCCGAAGGGGGAAAGCUAUCUGAAAUACAAGAGAAUCACUACACAGAAGCUAGUAGUUUUUUCAACUUGAACUAUUGAUAGUGAUGACCGCAUACAGCAUAGAGAAGGAUUUGGGCUGUGUCAAACAGCCCCUGUCUCCAGGAUAAUGUAAGUGUCAUAACUGUUCAGGAUCACUUCUUCUUUAUUUUGACUAAGUCACUCAGGGGACUGUCCUCAGCGACGUGGCCUUGCCACACACAGUUGGCGUGGAGGGAUGAGGUCAGGCAUACAUACCAGCCAGCCAGCUAAGCACUUCUCUUCGCCUCCAGCACGGUCAUUUCAAAAGCAGUGAUUUCUACUUAACAUGGGUCUUGACUUGCAUUAUUACCACAGACUCGGGCGUUUCCUGAUGUGGGAGCGCACCCCUGUGAUCUCAGCACUUGGGAAGCCGAGGCAGGAGGAUUGACAGUUCAAGUUCUGCCUGGACGCUAGAGAAAAAUUUAAGGCUACAUAAUAAGUUCCAGGCAAGCCUGGGCUACAUGGUGAGUUUAAGGCUAUCCUGAGCUAACAUAGUGGGUCUCAAAAAAAGAAUCAGUUUUUUUUUUUUUCUUUCCAGUUGCAUGAAAACAAAGCCCUGUACCUGGAAGUGACUUGCCAAGUCACUACUGGGUAGUUCCUCAGUUACAGACAUCUGAUGUGAUGGGCAUAGUCUCACCCAGUUCUUUUCCUCAAGUGCGGUGACUUGUCUGUCAGGCAGUGCUCCCUGCACUGACGGGAGUUAUCUAAGGCAGGCACGAUGGUGCGGUGCCACUCUUGUUACCCAGCACUCGGGAGGUGGAAGCCGGAGGAUGAGGAGUUCAAGGUCAUCAGCUACAUAGCAAGUUGGAGAUCAGCCUAGGCUACGUGAGAUGCUAUUUUAAAAUAAAAGCAAAACAAAAGUUAUUGCCCAAGUGGCAAAGGGGCAGGGGCUGGAUUUUCCCAGAAAGGUAGGGCAGGCUACGUAGGAAGGAAGAUUUCAGGGAAUGCAACGUUCAACUGGGGAGGGUGAUGCUUGAGAGAAAUGACGUUUUUAACAGGUUGGCAGAGGCUACCCUCAGAACACGUUCCCUGUGUACCUGUCCUACUUCAGGGGCACCCAGGGGAUGGGAUGCCCGUCAAGCUGGUCUCCGAAACAUGCGCCGUGAAUUUCAAGAGGAACCUGGCAGCUUGUCUUUCUUGGGCAGAUUCUGACACUUGCUGAGCCCACAGCACCUUGCCCAGGGCUCUGAGACCUGCUGACCAGUGACCAAGAAACAAGAGGAGAGAAACUACAGGGUAGUAGUCCAUGCUUUUACCCGGGAAGAGGGACCCUUCCUGCCAGGAGCCAGGCUCAUAGAGCGUGCUUCAUGAUGACAUGUGGCUUGAUGCAGACUUCAGCCGUGGACAGGGCCUCCGUGUCCUGCAGGACUGGACAGCCCGCUGGCUGAUGCUCGUCUCGAGAGCUGUGUGAAAGCCUCCUUCCGGCAUCCAUCGUCUGUAAACAGAUCGACACCCUCUGGUUCCCGUCAAGCAUGUCACAUGUCACACAGGCAAGAGGUUUUGUUUGUUCCGGGAGGACUUGCUGAAUCAGGGGACAUUAAAGACAAGUCUUCGUGUCCUUGUCUUAGCGUGAAAAAUCAAGUGGAUUAGGUCCCCUUCUCGAUACGGGUCACGUGAAUCUCGAUUCAUGAGUAGGUGGGGUCAGACAAAGUCAGAUUCCAAGAAAAGAUGCAGUUUCCACACCAGAGAAGACCUGACAGAAAGCUCUUGAAUAAAGAACACAAUUUCCAGUCAUUUGUGCUUCCCCAACCCCCAUCAUUUUGUCCCGGCCACCAGAUCCCGUAAUUAGCCAGAAAGGAUAAAGUCACUGUCUGUGGUGAUUGUCGAGAAUUGGGUGCAGAAGCCGGGGUUGGGGAAAGUGAAUCAACUACAACUGUCCUGUCCAUGGCUAGAGACUGGUUCUGAGGACAGAUGUCUGCUGGAGCUGGGAACCCCACCCCUCUCCUCAUGGCAAGGGACCGAGGGCACGGAGGGAGCUGCGGCUGAGGCCCUUCUGCCCCGUGCCACACCAAAUCCCACGUCGGAGCCCAGCGUGGCGGUGCACGUGUAAUCCCAGCACUUGGGAGGUAGAGGUAGGGAAUUACUGCAAAUUUGAAGUUGGUCUACUUAAGCCAGUUCCAGGCCAGUAAGGGCUGUAAGUGGGAUACCCUGUCUCAAAACCAAAAGCAAGGAAACCGAGAGCCCCCCACGUUUGUGCUCUAAAUCCCCUUCACCUGAAUUAGCCCGAGGUCUUCAUUGUCUUUAUAACCAGUCUUGCCGUCCUUUUCUGGAAAGACUGAAAAGACCUUCUUGGCUGUCUUCAAGGAAAGCUAAGGAAUAAAUAGUCUUUCUUAGAGGAAUGUAAAGUUUUUUUGGCGGGGGGAGCCCCUAGAGUGGCUUCUUAGCUGGGUUGAUUUUUUUCUUCCCCAAAUUCUGAAUUCAGACAGAAGCUACUUUUCCAAGGAGUGACCAGAGGUAAUGCUUCUAGAGGGAAUUCAGACUCAGGAAGCCUGGUCCCUGGCCGUGGGUGGCCUGUCGUCUGUGGAUAGGAAUGGGACUUAACAGCGACCCCGAGGUCAUUAGACAUAAGCACAUAAGUGAAUGACUGGAAUUCAGGCACCCAAUGUGCUGGGUGUGAUUAAAGCACAGAGAAGGACUGUUAGGAGCAGGAGGACAUGGUGGCUCUCCUUUCUAGAAUGUUCCAUUCAGAUGGAAAACACAGAUUCCAACUUUCCCAUGUACCUCAUUCACAUUCUGGACCCCCCACCCUCAUUUAGUGUUAACAGGUGAUUUCUGCUAUUAUGUGGUGAGAGAGUCAGCAAGUUAGUGAAAUAAAAAUCUUUAUAUAUAAAAUUAUAAAAUGUAAAUAUUAAUAUAAAUUAACUUGGCAUGCAACUGACUGAUCAAAUGAAGCAUAUAUUAUUAUGUUAUCUUAAUGUAUAAAGGAGAACGGACUGCCAUAUUUACUAGAUGUUUUCUCUAACUAAACUUGUCUGUAAAUAUAUAAUCUUAUAAAAAAAAAGGUCAAAUUUACCAUUAUUUAUGCAAUAGAAAAAAAUAAAAGUUCUUUUUUUUUCCCCUUUU